UCUGAUAAUUGUUGUGGUUUGCAAUUGUUUAGGGUACAUUUGUGAUAAGAAUGUUAUCUAUAACAAUACAUUUCUUAUCUGUGACUGGCAACAGGGGAAACAGGGGAACAGGGGGGAAAAUAUAACAUUAAAGCUAAGAAACUCACCAGUAGUAGCCACUUGCCUUUUGGCACAACAGCGCUCAGUGUUGUGCCCCAUAGGUGUUGCUGCCAGCACAGUGAAAGUUUGAAGGUGACCUCAUAAUGGGUACCGGGCCUCUGUGUAGCAGAGUCACAGCCCUGCUAGUGACCUUCCUGACCCUGAUGGCACUAGCAGGGGUCACUGCUGAGGAAGACAAGGGCAGCCAGGAGAGGAGAUUCACCAUUGACUAUGACAACAACCAGUUCUUGAAGGAUGGCAUGCCCUUCCGCUAUGUGUCUGGCUCCAUCCACUACUUCCGUGUGCUGCCGUCAGAGUGGAGGGACAGACUUAGGAAGCUGCGCAUGGCUGGAUUCAACGCCUUGACAACGUAUGUGGAGUGGUCCAGUCAUGAGCCUGAGGCGGGAGUGUAUGACUUCUCUGGAAUCAAUGACCUGACACACUUCCUCACCAUUGCUCAGGAGGAGGACUUGCUUGUCAUCCUUCGUCCUGGACCCUACAUUGAUGCUGAGAGAGAUAUGGGUGGGCUGCCUUACUGGCUACUCAAUAAGAACCCAGAUAUGAAGCUCAGGACCUCCGACCCAACCUACCUGAAGUACGUGGACAUCUGGUUUAGGGACGUCCUGCUGCCCAAAGUGAAGCCGCUGCUCUACGAGAAUGGCGGCCCAAUCAUCAUGCUGCAGGUGGAGAAUGAAUAUGGAUAUCAACCUGAGUGUGACUUUGCCUACACAAGUCACCUUCGAGACCUGAUGGUUGAGAGCUUAGGGAAGGGACCUGUGUUGUUCACCACUGAUGGGGAUGAGGUGGAUGACCUCAAGUGUGGCAAGAUCCCAGAGGUGUAUGCCACUGUUGACUUUGGCUCAAGCACAAAUGUAACAGAGGCUUUUGGGGCCAUGAGGCUGUUUGAGCCACGAGGGCCACUGGUCAACUCUGAGUACUACCCUGGCUGGCUGGACUAUUGGAGUGUUCCUCACAGUACUGUCAAGGCUGAGAAGGUGGCAAGCAAUCUGGAUGAGAUGCUGGCCCUCAAUGCCUCUGUCAAUGUAUACGUUUUCCAUGGUGGCACUUCCUUUGGAUUCACUGCAGGGUCUGACUUUGAAAACCGGUUCAUGCCAUGUCCCACAUCCUAUGACUACGACGCCCCACUCUCUGAGGCUGGCGACCCCACAGAGAAAUACUGGGUUCUCCGCAAUGUGACUGGCAAGUAUCUGCCUCUACCCCCUGGGGAGGUGCCUCCAGCCUCCCCCAAGUUUGGGUAUGGCAAGGUGAGCCUGGCGCCCACAGGGAGUGUGUUCCAGAUGGCUGACCUCCUCCAGAAGGUCACCAACAAGUGGCCUCUCACCUUUGAGGAGCUACUGGUCCCCAAUGGCAUUGUGGUGUACCAGACUGUGCUGCCUUUCCGUAUAGCUGACCCAGCUCGCUUGACCCUGGGUGACAUCCAUGACCGAGGCUAUGUGUUUGUGGACACAGAAUUUGCUGGGAUGGUUAGCCGAGAGCAGGACAUGUAUGACCUGGCCAUCUAUGCCCGCCCCAACCAGACCAUUACCAUUGUUGUGGAGAGUCAGGGCCGUGUCUGUUAUGGCCAUCAGAUCAAUGACUUCAAGGGCAUCACCACCAAUGUGACGCUGAGCGACCACACUCUGGAGGGCUGGACCAUGACCCCACUGCCCAUCACCCACACCUCUCGCCUGCAGAAUGCUCUCACCCGCCUACAUAGCUGGGCUGUGGCCCAGAACAUACCACCACUUGGCUUACUGGGCACUAACAAGGGUGGCAUGACUUUCUUCAGUGGAUCCUUCCAGGUCCCAGGGGACUCCUCACACCCAAGGGACACUUUCCUCAGGCUGGAUGGCUGGAACAAGGGCGUGGCUUGGGUCAAUGACUUCUGCCUGGGACGAUACUGGCCUGAGGUUGGGCCUCAGGUGACGCUGUAUGUGCCUCGAGGAGUGUUGCACCAAGGCACCAACACCCUGCUGCUGCUGGAGCAGGAGUCUGCCCCAUGCCUCACACCAGACACCUGCCAUGCCACCUUGCAGGAGACCAACAUCAUUGAUGGCCCCACCCCUCUGUGAUCCCAGCACUUCCUUCCUUACCUGACUGCAUAGCCUGCAUGCAAAACCUCAAUGUGGAAUUUUAUACUUAUAAACACUGCACACUUUACACACAGAUUUUUGUUUCAGAUACUAGUCAGACAGAAAAGGGUUCUUCAAUAAUUGUAACUAUGGCUGUUAUAAUUGGGUUUUCAUCUUUUCAAACUCUGUAGUUGUAACUCCUUUAGCUGAGUGGUUAGAGGGCUGCAUUUGUAGCUGUGAGAUGUUGGAAUUGGACUCCAAAAUGUAGUACUUUAAGACAAUUUCUAUAUCAGUUUUAUUGAUUUAGUUUCUCAGAUAAAACUUACAUUUAUCACAAUAAAUGGUGUGAUUUUU